AUGGGAACGCCGUCCUCGGUUGUUCCGGUGUUGGGCCGCCUUCUCCAAAUGCCGGACGUCGAUGUGCUGGCCGCGGUUACUCCGCCUGACCGGCCCCGGGGGCGAGGCCGGCAGCCGGAAUCCCCACCGGUGAAAGAUGCAGCAAGCUCGCUGGGGAUUCCGGUUUUGCAGCCGCCCACUCUCAGGCGCGAAUCCGUCCAGGCUGAUUUGGCGGCGCUGUCGCCGGACGUCAUUGUCGUCGCGGCCUAUGGUCGCCUUCUGCCAUCAUCAGUCCUGCAAAUCCCGCCUCACGGCUGCCUCAACCUUCACCCGUCCUUGUUGCCGCGGCAUCGUGGUCCUUCGCCAGUAGCGACCUCGAUUCUCGAGGGAGACGAGACUACCGGCAUAACCCUGAUGUUGCUGGACGAGGGCAUGGAUACCGGCCCGCUGGUGGCCCAGAGAGAAUAUGCUCUCGAAGGAACCGAGACUGCGGGUGACCUUACCGACCUCCUGUUUAACAUGGGCGCUGAUCUGCUUGCGGAAAACCUCGAGUCCUGGACGCGAGGCGAAUUGAAAGCCGGGGCACAAGACGAGACCGCGGCCACAGUGUCGAGCAAGCUGGAACGCACUGACGGACUGGCGGACUGGAUGCUUCCGGCCUCCACGCUGGUCAGGCAAUGCCGGGCGUUUUCCCCUUGGCCCGGCCUGUACACGGAAUGGGAGGGCAAAACGCUCAAGGUGCUGGAAGCAGAACCCAUGGGCGACCUUGUCCCUGCGGGAGCCGGUCCGGGUAAUGUGGUUGGCGGCGCCUCUGGACAAAGGCUGAGCGUUGCAACCGGCCAAGGUAUGCUGGCACUCAACCGGGUUCAACUGGAGGGGCGGAGGGCGGUAACCAGCGAGGAAUUCCUGAGGGGCUACCCGGAAAUCGUGGGCGCAAGAUUGGGCAGUCAAGAAACGAAAUCCUAA